ACCGUACUAGAAGACAUUUAAAAUUGACUUUUCAACUUGGUGACCAGAAUUUUGUACUUUGAAUAUCUAGAUCAGCCUCAAAGUUGUGGAAUUAACUUAUAUGAUAGAAAUAUUAGAAAUAUUUCUUUGGUCACCAGCAAUGUGAUGAAGGGAUGUGGUGCAUACUAGAUGAGAGACAGUUUUUGCUUCUGAUGAUCGGUUUGACUAAUGGUAAUAAGAUAAACAUACAAACAUGUUUUGGCUUUGGAAAGAGGAGUUUGUAAAAGAACAGGAAGGUACUAACUAGUAUGGAUCUUGAUUAGGGAGACCAGCCAUCCUAGGUAGCCUUGAGAUCUCAUUAACUAGGACUCACCUUGCUAAAUGUGGGUAGAUUAUGACAAAUUGCUCACCCUGCUUGUUGUGGGUAUUGCUAAUUAAUUGCUAAUGGUUGGUGAGUCUUUUAAUGGAUAAGCAAGGAGUGGCCAAACCUAACUGCAGGAACUAGGAGAACUAGGAAAGGGUGGAGCUGUGGAGAGCCCUAUCUGGGCACUUGGAGAAGAAAAGUGUUUUGAAGCCUGGGUACCCGGGGACUCUUGAUAGAUUGGCCUGAUAUUUAGAACAGCUUCUGUGAUACUUGUGACCCACAGGCAAAGGGGCAUAUUUAUCUUUUUUUUUUAAGGUUCUCUGUUGGAUUUCUUCCUUAAUGACUACAAAUUAGACACCAAACUGUCUCUUUCCAUCUGAUCUUUUCCAAUGUCUUACAUUUGUGCUUACACUGUUUUGACUUUGCCAUUUGUAAACAUAUUUGCUGUUUGUCAACAUGUUUGUUAUUUUAUCUUUAGUGAUCUGUAAUGGUUGGGUUUUUUUGUUUGUUUGUUUGUUUGUUUUUUGUUUUUUGAGACAGGGUUUCCCUGUAUAGCCCUGGCUGUCCUGGAACUCACUUUGUAGACCAGGCUGGCCUCGAACUCAGAAAUUCGCCUGCCUCUGCCUCCCAAGUGCUGGGACUAAAGGCAUGCACCACCACCGCCCGGUGAAAUGGCUGCUUUUAAAGUGAGUUAUAGCCACCUUUCUAUACUUACAGUGAUAACAUUCCUGUUUGUCGUUUUCAGCAGUUCUCCUGUAUUUUUUUUCUUGUAGUCAUCUCUAAUAGUUUGUCCAACUAUCUUCUUGACUACUGUGAGGGUAGAGGAUUGAAUAUGAAUCAGGAAAGUUUUGUGAAGAAAUCUGAAAGUUGGGAGUUCAGAGGUUGGACAUUUACCUAAUACAUCCAAGGUCCUGGACUUGAUUUUCAGUGUAGAAAAUUAAAGAAAAAGAAAGCAUGGAAUCUGAAAAAAGUAUAAACAAACAAUGUUAGAAUAAAUUUUAGACUUGCUAAAACUUGCAAACCUAACACAAAAUCUUAAACUGACUUAAAACAUUACUAGAUUUCUCUCUCUCUUUCUCUCUCUCUCCCUCCCUCCCUUCCUUCCUAAAUAUUGUUGCACAGUAGAGUGUGAAUUUUGUAGAUGAUAACAGGAGGUUGCAGUAUCAAAAAUCUUAGACACACCUCAGAAUGGAUUGAUUAUCAGAAUAAAAGAAGAAAAACAGAUUUUAAUAGAGGAAGGAACAUUUUGCAAUACUUUGGAAAGUUUCCUGACUUGCAGGAACAGCAACAUUCACGUUGACAGGGUUAUUGAGGUCUCUGAGAGUGAAUGACGUUACAGACUUGGAGGAUGAGGUGAGAGUGAGUGAAGGACAGACCUGGCUGCUGGACUGUCAUUCAGAAGCAUCUUUCAGAAUUGUGCUGUGAGAGUGAGUCUUGGGGUUAAAGCUUCAGAGUGAGCUACACAGCAGAUUUGAUUGUUGAAUCCUUGUAGUCAGUGUGGAGCACAGACGAGUGGGGCAUUUUAACAUGCCACCGCCUGUUAGAGUCACUGUUUGACAGGGGUUUCUCAAAUACUUCAGGAACUUUAUUGAAAGAGCAAUCCUUACACUGUGAGACUGUCUUUUGAAACACCCUUCUGUUUAGAAAGUUUGCUUUAGUUUUUAAGUAUAUGUAAGUGUUCAGGAGUGAAAGAUGCACUGAGAUUUAACAACAGUGUUUAGUGAGUUUCUGGAGGUCUAAGUUCAAUUUUCAAAUUUUCCAAUCUAAGAUGGAGAUAAGAGAGUUAGGAUUAUAGUGUUUACAUCUCAGCACUGUCUACGUGUGUCUUCAAAUGGGUCUUUUUGUUUUUGUUUUUGUGUUGUUUUUCGACACAGGGUUUCUCUGUGUAGUCCUGGCUGUCCUGGAACUCACUUUAUAGACCAGUCUGGCCCCCGAACUCAGAAAUCCACUUGUCUCUGCCUCUCAAAUGCUGGGAUUAAAGGCGUACGCCACCACCACUUGCUUUUCUGUAACUGCUCAAUUAAGACACUAAAUUUUUACUCUUUUUAGAGAAAAAUGAUUCUAAGAGAAAAGAAUGUGAAAAAUGAGCAGAUUCGAGGUUCAGUUUCUUUGAAAGAUGAGACUUGUUGCUCUUUGGCCUUCAUGCUUCCUAGGUUGCUUGUUACAGUGUGGAUUUGGAGCCAAUAGAUUUUUUUUUUUCUGUAGAGUUCACAGUUCAUUCUUGAAUUCUUGAUGUCUUUUUUAUCUCAUUCAAGGCUUUGUGGCUCUUGAAGGCCCUGUGGUCUGGUGUUCAAAUACAGGGAGAGUUGAAGAAUACCCUUCAAAAUUGGCUGUUGAAAUGGCAGAAGAUUUUGUAAGUGGUGGCUUUUGUCGACACAGUUGUCAGAACAGGUUGCAUCACUGUGACUUGCCCUUUCCCAGAGAGACUGCAGGCAAUUCAGGGUGUCAUAUUCUCAAGGGAGAAAGCAUUGCUCUAGGCUCUUCUUAAGAAAGUUGGACAAAUAAGUUGGCUGUUCAGGGUUCACCUGGAAAAUAAGUUGCCAGCAGGAGUGUGUGGUGUUCUGUAAAUGAAAAUAGAGAUAAAGGUAAAAGCUAAACUAGGCAGAUGCACAGACUGAGGAAAGCCAACGUCAAGUACAGAGGGUUAGAAGUGGACUGUCAAGUCUCAGGAUCAGUAGUGAGGUCAAAAGAGUUAACCUCAGCUAAGAGUAAAUAAGUGUGUGCAGAGUAAGAGUUCCAGAGUAGUUUGCCUCAUUUAUGUGACAAGCUCUCUCCAACUCAAGUGCUCAGUAGCUACCCCUGGUCAGUGCCUACUUUAUUUUCAUCAUCAUGGGGGAUUAUUUUCUGGUAAGUCAUACUCAGUUUUCAUAAAACUUAACUAGCUAGGUAGUGAGGGCACAUGCUUUUAAUCCCAGCACUCAGGAGGCAGAGGCAGGUAGAUCUGAGUUGGAGGCCAGUCUGGUUUAUAAAAGUGAUUUUCAGGACAGCCAGGACUAGGUAGAGAAACCUUGUUUUGAAACCAAACCAAACCAAACCAAACCAAAAAUAACACCACCUAAAAACAAACAAACAAACAAACAAACAAACAACUUGACCAGCAAAAUUAAAAUUACUAGUAGAAGCUGGAUAGUGUAGUCUUGGAGCAAGUUGGAUAAGAUUAAUGGUGUCCAGCUGUGCACUAGGAACAAAUGAUGGGUAAAAUGCCUACUCUGGAUCCAUAGAUCAGAAUCUCCGGGCAUUGUUUAAAGCUGGGAAUAUGCUCAUUAAUGUGACUCAUGUCUCGGAAUCCCAGCAUUUGGCAGGCAGAGGCAGGUGGGUCUCUGUGCAAUGGAGGCCAGACUGGUCAACCCAUUGUGUUCCAGGACAGCCAGGGCUACAUAAUAAAGAAAACCUGACUCAAAAACUCAAACCAAAACCAAACCAAACCAAACCAAACCAAACCAAAACUAAGCAAGCAAGCAAGCAAGCAAGCAUCCAAACAGAAGCUGUGAAGGUUGUCUUGAUGGAGGAAGUUAAGUUUGGAGCACCUAAUAGGGGGGCUUCUAAGUUUCUCUUUAGCUUCGAUCCUAGUAACUGUAAGGUAUUAAUAGUACUGGGUCCCAGGAAAUCCUGUCAGGGGUCCAGGGAUAUCACUCAGUGGCAGUGUUGGCCUAACAUAUAAGAGGGUUCCAUCACUAAGGCCACUGAAAGAAAAAAGGUGCUUGCUCAGAUCCUGACAAAAUGGGAGAUGUGGCACAUCCAUUACAAGUCAUCUUUGGAAUUCUGGUUACUUUUCCAGCUAUUGCAUUGAAUCCUGGCUGGACUUAUUUUGGACACAAUUGAACCUUUUACCAUGAUGUGAAGGGGCAGUGACUCAAGUAGUGUGUCACACUCUGAAUCAGAUUAGCAAGUUAAGAGUUUUAAAAUAUAAGGUACAGGGGCUGGAAAUGUAGCUUAAUGGGACAGGGCAUGCUUAGCAUGUGCGAGGCUUUUGAGUUCUAGUCCCAACACCCUCUUCCUAUGUGAGGAACAGUGUGAUAAAGGGAAGUUUUUGUGAGUCUGAGGCAGAUUAGGAGAAUUUGUUUUGUUAGACAGUGAAAAAGAAAACUUUACUUUGGUUAGAUUUUCAUGCUUGCUUGGGUUAAACGACAACCUGCAAGCACAGGUGUGGGAUUAUGUAGCAUGUUUCUCCAUUGGUUCAGAUGAAGUGAGUGAUUGCAUCAGUGUCCUUUCAAGGACAGGGAUAGAUAUCCUGGUUGGAUUGUAUAAUGUUCUCUGGGUGCUUUGACUAUGUCUCUCUUUGGGAGUCUUGCUUUUGCUUUUAAAAACCAUCUUUCUGUCAUUGGUACUGUAGCCAGUCCUGCUUUAUUGAAUGGAUACCUCUCAAUUUAUUUCUAUUGUGGUAAAAAGCUUAGGCUGUUUCCAAGCAACAACAAAAAUAACAACAACAACAACCAAACAAAAAACACAGUCCCAGGCUUUGGUGUGGCAGUUUGCAUAGAAGAUUCAUUGACUUUGAAUUUCUUUUUUCUUUAGUGGAAAUAAAUCACAGAAUUUACUUAAAAUCUCCAAUUUAGUGGUUUUUGUUUUAUAAAAUGAUAGAGUUUUAUAAUUUACCACUGUAUAAAUUUAUAUAUAUGUAUUUUUUGGGGGAAAUUGAGAUGUAAUUCUGGUAACACACAGUUACCAUUUUAAUAUGUGAGGGUCAGUAGAUUAGUAGUGUUUGUAGUGUUGGUUGGCUAUUUUCAUUAUCCCAUUCAGACACUUUUUACCUAUUAAAUAAUCUCAAAGCUACACUAUAUAGAAGGAACAAUUUCCAUUCACACAGAGAUGUCCAUAAGUAGAUGAGUAGAUGAACAUAUUUGGGUGUACACACACACACACACACACACACACACACACACACGGUGGGGAUAGUCUUAUACCAGGAAAAACCCGUAAAAGGGAUAAUACUGACAUAUUAUAUCACAAAUACAUGAAUGAUCCUGAAAGACCUUGUGCUAAGUAAAAGAAGUCCUUCCUCUUUCAUAGAGGCUUCUUGAUGCCUGGUGUUAUUUUAAGAGAGGUAACCCAGCAGUAGGUCACCAGAGUUCUGGCAGCGUUCCUCAGAGCUGAAAGGCCCUGAGUGAGCAGACAUAAAGAUCAUGCUCCCUGCUAUGAGAACUGGUUUUACACACAAGUUGCUUCCACAGUGCAGCACAUCUAACUCUGGGUUGGUGAUGGUGUUGGCUCCAUAACUGACACCUAUGGAGGACUUCAGAGAAAUAGCAUCAGGCCCAGCCCUUAGUAGAGGCUUCAAGAAUGUGGCUUGUCCAGUCCUCUAAGCCCUGGAGGGGCUGAAAGUGGUGAAAAAGACAAACAUGGGGUCUACAGGCUGACUCUGAACCAAGAGAUCUAGUCAGAAUUACUGGACAAGUGACAGCUGAAUGAAGGAUUCUGGGUUACCAUGGCAAAGUUGCAAGUUGAAGUGAGAGGUUAAUUACUGAAAAAUCAUAUGUUGUGUGGUUCCAUUAACAUAAUACUUGAAGAUACAUAGUAGCACUGUAACCUUUCAUAGUGUUUUAUAACAAGGGCUAUGGGCCCAGACAUUUUCCACUCUCUACCAUUGCUAAUGGCAACAGCAGGCCUAGACUCCAUUCUGCUUUCUGGUGUUCCAGUUGUGGCAGUGGGCAUUGCCUGUCAAAAAUAAAACCCAUCCCCAAACCCUUCCCUCAGAUCUGUUCUGUUAAAUAUGACUCCUCACUUUUUUAAGUGUAUAUUUAAAUUUUUUAGAUAGGAAAAAUUUCAUAAGUUUAUGAUUUUAGCUUUUUAAAAUUUGCUCAAGUUGACUUUUUUUAAAAAUUAUUUACGUAUGUGUGUAUUUGUAUGUGUUUGUGCAUGAGUAUAGAUGUGUGGGCAUCCAUGAUACAGUGUGCAUGUAGGUUUUCUACCAUUUGAGUUCUGCGGAUUGAAUUCAGGUAAUCAGCCUUGGCAAUAAGAACCUUUAUCCACUGUAUUACCAGCCCCCUUAAGUUAAUCUUAAUGUCAAGUGUUCAGUAAAAAUUCCAGUGUCAUUUAUGUAAAGAGAGAAUGAUUCUGUGAGGUUUAGCAAGAGGCUAACAGUCGUCACUUAUUUUUUUUUAAACGAGAUAAGAAUAUGUGAGGUGUUCUAGUCACUGCUGUCAUUUGUCUGAAACCUACUCAGAUUCCAGAGAUAGCACUUAGAUUGGUAAAGCCUUUUGGAAUUUUGCUUGUUCUUUUUUUUUUUAAAGAUUUAUUUAUUCUAUGUAUAUGAGUACACUAUAGCUGUCUUUAGACAUACUAGAAGAGAGCAUCAGAUCCCAUUACAGAUGGUUGUGAGCCACCAUGAGCCACCAGGUUGCUGGGAAUUGAACUCAGGGUCUCUGGGAGAGCAGUCAGUGCUCUUAACCUGAAGCAAUCUCUAAAGCCCGGCCUUUUGGAAUUUUAACUGCUGAAUCCAUUUGAAUUCCCCAGGAAUACCUACCAAAUUUUACCAAAGGAAGAAGAAGGAUUUUCUCUGAUUCUUGAAAUGGGGAGGUACACAAUAGUUUGGAAAUUAGGGCCUCAGAGUUGGCAGGGCUUCUGUUUCCUUCAUGAAAAUCUCAGUCCAUCCCCACCUGUCUGCUUACCUUCUUUGUGCAAGUUAGGUGAAUAUAUCUAUCAUGUUGUUGCAAGUCUUUUCUCCCAGCUUUUCUGAGGCAGAAUGUUGGCAUGUAGUCCUGGCUGAUCUUAAACUUAUAAUCCUCCUCCUUCAGACUUGUAAGUGGUGGGCUACAGGUUUGUGAACUGUGCAUGGUUCUUCCAUUACAUUUUGUAUUCAUUAGUUCUGUGAGUUUUUCCUUUAAAAUUCUGCUAGAAGAAAGAAUAUCUGGACUAUGACUGACCAGAGUAUUUUACACAGCUGCAAGAUUUUACACAAAGAAAUAGUCAUGUCUGCCAAGAUUGCCAAACUGCUAACAUUUAACUAUGAGCCACAAAGCUAGUGACCUUGCAGUGGGGAAACUGGGUGAGCAGAGAAACUAGUUCCUUUAGUGGCAGAGUCUUCAGAAUGACCUUCUUGAUGCUGGCUGUGUCCCUUGCCAUUCCCCUACUUGGAGCCAUGAUGCUGUUGGAGUCCCCCAUAGAUCCUCAGAGUUUCAGCUUCAAAGAACCCCCUUUCAUGUUUGGUGUUCUGCAUCCAAAUACGAAGUUGCGGCAAGCAGAAAGGCUAUUUGAAAACCAACUUAGUGGACCAGAAUCCAUAGUAAAUAUUGGGGAUGUGCUGUUUACUGGUACAGCAGAUGGCCGAGUUGUAAAACUUGAAAAUGGAGAAAUAGAGACCAUCGCUCGGUUCGGUUCAGGCCCUUGCAAAACCCGAGAUGAUGAACCUACCUGUGGGAGACCCCUGGGCAUCCGGGCAGGGCCCAAUGGGACUCUUUUUGUGGUUGAUGCGUACAAGGGACUGUUCGAAGUAAAUCCUCAGAAACGUUCAGUGAAACUGCUGCUAUCCUCUGAGACGCCCAUUGAGGGCAAGAAGAUGUCCUUUGUGAAUGACCUCACUGUUACUCGGGAUGGAAGGAAGAUUUAUUUCACGGAUUCCAGCAGCAAGUGGCAGAGACGAGACUACCUGCUUCUGGUGAUGGAGGCCACUGAUGAUGGGCGCCUGUUAGAGUAUGAUACUGUGACGAAAGAAGUGAAGGUUUUGUUGGACCAGUUGCAGUUCCCUAAUGGAGUUCAGCUCUCUCCUGAGGAAGACUUUGUCCUAGUGGCAGAGACAACUAUGGCCAGGAUACGAAGAGUCUAUGUGUCUGGCCUGAUGAAAGGAGGGGCAGAUAUGUUUGUGGAGAACAUGCCUGGAUUUCCUGACAAUAUCCGGCCUAGCAGCUCUGGCGGAUACUGGGUUGCUGCUGCAACCAUUCGUGCUAACCCUGGGUUUUCCAUGUUGGAUUUCUUAUCUGACAAGCCUUUUAUUAAGAGAAUGAUUUUUAAGAUGUUCAGUCAGGAGACAGUGAUGAAGUUUGUGCCACGAUAUAGCCUGGUCCUAGAAGUCAGUGACAGUGGUGCCUUCCGGAGAAGCCUGCAUGAUCCUGAUGGACAGGUGGUCACCUAUGUGAGUGAGGCGCAUGAACAUGAUGGAUACCUGUACCUGGGCUCCUUCAGAUCUCCCUUCAUCUGCAGACUCAGUCUCCAGUCUAUUUAGCCAGCCCAGCAGCUGCCCCCACUGUGCAUGCCAGAAAUCAUCACACUCAGUCACAUAGGUCUGGAAGGAGCCAUGGACAUAUAGCUCUGUCCCUGUGUUCCUGCUAGUCCUUGGAAGUGUGGGAGUAGCUGCUGUAACCUGGAGAAGGUAUGAACCUUACCCAUACUUUCUCCCAAGACGUGCCUCUCACCUGGACUUGAUGUCAUUUUUAGAGGGAAAUAGUGUAUCUGCUAUGGGGAAGACAAAUCAUGGAAAGCCAUUUCUCUUUAAAAAAACAUGCUAAGUACAAGAAUUCUCUAGUACCUGGAAAAUUUAAUACACCUGUGACAGGGCUCAGGGUUUGAUGAUUAGAGCAGGGGAUUAGCUGUGCAGGGACCUUUGUAUUGCCAUUGGCUCUAUCUGACACUUGUAUCUUCAUUCUAAAGGGGGUCAUGCUUUUGGGGGUGGUAUUGCGGUAUGCCAUGGAAGUGGUAAUGCAUGUGUUGAGGCAGGGAUUAUUCAAGCUGAAACUUGUUCUCAGGGGCCGUGUGAGAUGUGUGAGAAUACCUGGACUUCUGGUAUUUCUCCACAGAAAAGGUGUGCUCUCCCACCCUCUACAAGCCUCUUUCCAUGCCAGAGGGUUUUCAAGACUCCUGUUUUAGUGGCCAGGAGGAUUUCAUUGGGUUUCUUUCUGACUGCCUUCUCCACUGGAAUUGGGUGACCCAGUGAGUUUGUACCUGCACAGGGGUGUUUUAGAAAUGCCCUUUUAUGGCUUGAUUCCUUUUAGACCUACAGAUGUGAUUAGUGAACUGUUGAUGUAAUGUUUGUGCUAAUGUAAUAAGCUCAAAGUUGCUUAUUUCUUGGCAAGUAUGUUUAUACACUGGUCUUAAUUUUGAUAAUAAUAAAUCAUAUUAAACCCA